CAAGUAAGCAUAAAACGGCGUUGUUUCGGUCUAGGCUAUAUAUAAUCAGUUUCUCAGCUCUAAAAUUGCAGGCGACUGAACGAAGAAAUGCAGUAGCAAACUUUCUUGUUUAAAGAUGGAUAUAAUCUCACAAUUACAAGAGCAAGUGGAUACGAUUGCAUCUCUUACGUUUAAUACGAUAGGGACGCUGCAAAGAGAUGCGCCGCCGGUGCGGCUCUCUCCGAAUUACCCUCAACCUGAACCGCCGACUUCUACUCUUCCCCAAGAUAUCGCUGAGCAGCCUAAAUUAAUGAGUGCCGCUCUUGUCAAGGCUGCUAAGCAGUUUGAUGCUUUGGUGGCUGCGCUUCCGUUGGCGGAGGGAGGUGAGGAAGCUCAACUAAAACGGAUUACAGAAUUGCAGGCUGAAAAUGAUGUUGUAGGGCAGGAACUCCAAAGACAAUUGGAAGCUGCAGAGAAAGAAUUGAAGCAGGUCCAGGAGCUGUUUAGCCAAGCAACAGAUAAUUGCUUGAACUUGAAGAAGCCGGAUUAGGAUGGCGCACUGGGAUUAAUUUAACCAUAACUAAACUGGAGCAGUCCAGGUGGAUUAAUUCUGGUGCAAGCUGCAUCGCGAGCAUUAUUAGCCUUCUUUUGCCGCUAAUAAUGUGUAGAUGCUGUCAUAGGUGAUGGAGUCCAAGAUAAUAUUGUCUUAUGCAUAAAAAACCGCCUAUUAACCGUAGAAUUAGGUUCAGUUAUUCUUCAUAGAUUGUGAAUUGUAUGUGUAGACAAUUUCACUAAUGAGCUUAAAGAUUAUGCUUUGACUGCU